AUGGCGCUCCCGUUGUUCAUUGUCACGUGUUUCACUUUGGUGUUCGUACCAAAUGAAGCCGCUAGAAUUCUCGGAGUGUUCCCAGUACCAUCGAUCAGUCACCAAGUUGUAUUUCGUUCUAUAACCCAAGAACUUGCUCGGAGAGGCCAUGAGCUGGUAAUCAUCACUCCAGACCCAGCCUUUCCGAAAGGCAAAACCCCUGCAAAUCUCACAGAAAUCGACGUCCAUGAUGUAGCUUAUAAAAUGUGGAGAGAUGACAUUCAAGACAUAGCUAUAGGAGAAAUCCAUGGAAUAUUAUCCGAAUAUGCCAUUAUAAUGAAAUUAAUGCCUAAAGUGCUCGAUGUGGAAUUAAAAGAAGAACAGGUGCAAAAAUUACUGAAUGAUAAAAGUCAAAAAUUUGAUUUGAUAUUAGCCGAAGCCUGUGUUAGAUCAGCCGUUGUAUUCUCUCAUAUUUAUAAAGCGCCAGUGAUUUUGAUCAGUUCGUUUGGACCGUUUUUGGAUAAUUACAAUGUGAUGGGUGCUCCAUCCCACCCAUUGCUGUACGCCAAUAAUAUGAGUCGAAGAUUUAAUAAUUUGACCAUGUGGGACAAAAUUGUAAAGUUGUACUACCGGUACAAUAUUGAGGUGAUGUUAAACAAGAACUAUGCUUAUGAAAACAAUAUGCUCAGGUCACACUUUGGACCUGAUCUACCUCCAAUUGAAGAAAUGUAUAAUAACGUAGCAAUGUUCUUCUUGAAUCUCCAUCCGAUCUUUGAAGGCAACUAUCCUGUACCUCCGUCUGUUGUGCACAUUGGUGGUAUUCAUCAGGUUCCUGAAAAAGAAUUGCCAAAGGACUUACAAAAUUACUUGGACUCAUCCAAAAAUGGUGUGAUCUACGUAAGCUUCGGCACAAACGUGGAACCAUCAACGUUGCCUGCUCAGAAACUGAAAGUUCUUGUCGAUGUCCUGUCCAGAGUACCAUAUGAUGUACUCAUUAAGUGGAACAAGGAUGUCCUGGCUGGCAUUGGAUCCAACAUCAAAUUAUCUAAGUGGCUGCCACAGACUGAUUUGCUAAGACAUCCCAAAGUAAAGCUGUUCAUAACACAAGGAGGUCUACAAUCGACAGACGAAGCUAUAUCAGCUGGAGUGCCUCUGAUAGGUCUUCCAAUGUGGGGAGACCAAUGGUACAAUGUGGAAAGAUACGAACGCCUUAGAAUUGGGCUCAAUCUGGAUAUCAAGACACUUACUGAAGAAGUAUUCGAGAAUGCUAUCAAUGAUGUUAUACAAAAUGAAAGCUACCGUCGCAACAUUCAAAGACUGAACACCUUAAUUCGUGAUCAGCCUCAACCUCCUCUAGAGCGAGCCAUAUGGUGGACGGAGCACGUGCUGCGUCACGGCGGCGCGAGACAUCUGCGUGGACCUGCAGCCAACAUGUCAUGGGCAGAGUACCUCGAACUGGAAUUAGUACUAGUCAUAGCUUUAGUAUUAUUAUUAGCCUUAGUCUUAUCUAUAUUAGCUUUCUAUUAUUUUUAUAAUAAUGUUUUAAGACAGUACUUAAUUGCCGGUAAGGUUAAAAGGAGUUAG